CGACGAGACAGCAGAAAGAGCGCAGCAGCGGCUCGUCGGGAAGCAGAAGACGCGGUUAAGAAAACAACUAGUGUCCGAAAAUAGGAGCGCAAAAUGCCUCGUUUCUGAGCGUCAGAGUCCUGUGAGCAAGUUCCCGAAAAAAAGAAGAAGAAAAAAGUUCUCAUUAAUCCCAACGAAGCGGAUGGAAAUUAUUUGGGAAUACAGCUUUCUCUCCUCCUCAACUGUGGUACCCUGAAGUCAGACUACAAAGAGACGAGAGGUCGGGCACUGCGCAAGAUGGAUACUUUCUUUUUAGAGGGAGCCCGUGUUUGGCUGAGACACAAAGAGCAACUCCUCCCCUCCACGGUCAGCUCUUGUGAUGAUUCGUCCCUGGCUGUCACAACCGACUAUGGAAAGGUGAUGUAUCUGCAGAGGGAGGAGCUGAGCAGGGAGAUGGUGUACCCGAUGCACCCCAGCAGCAUCCGCGGAGUAGAAGACAUGUCCACACUGGCCGAGCUGCAUGAAGCUGCCAUCAUGCACAACCUCUUUCUGCGCUACCAGAAAGACAACAUCUAUACCAACAUAGGUUCCAUUCUGGCAGCAGUAAACCCCUAUAAGCAGAUAGCAGGCCUGUACGACGGCACUGCAGUCGACUUGUACAGUAAACACCAGCUGGGGGAGCUGCCGCCUCAUAUCUUCGCUGUGGCCAAUGAGUGUUACCGCUGCCUGUGGAAGAGACACGACAGCCAGUGUGUUCUCAUCAGUGGGGAAAGUGGUGCUGGGAAGACAGAAAGCACCAAGCUGCUGCUGAAGUUCCUGUCAGUAAUGAGUCAGAACUCAGCAGGAACUCCUGUGUCAGAGAGAACCACCAGGGUGGAGCAGGCCCUCGUCCAGAGCAGCCCCAUCAUGGAAGCGUUUGGGAACGCUAAGACUGUCUACAACAAUAACUCCAGUCGCUUCGGGAAGUUCAUACAGCUCCACUUUUCCCAGAACGGAAACAUCCAGGGAGGCUGCAUCAUUGAUUAUUUGCUGGAAAAGAACCGAGUAGUUCGACAGAAUCCUGGUGAGAGAAACUAUCACAUCUUCUACGCACUGUUAGCCGGAGCAGACAGAGACCACAGAGACAUGUACCUGCUGUCUGAAGGUCCAGAGUCGUAUCACUACCUGAGCCAGUCCGGCUGCGUGCAGGACAGCAGCCUGGAUGACCAACAGCUCUUUAACAGUGUGAUGGAAGCUCUGAAGGUGAUGGAAUUCACUGAGGAGGAGAUCAGAGAUGUGUUCAAGCUGCUGUCUGCCGUCCUCCAGAUGGGCAACAUUGAAUUCAUGACUGCUGGUGGAGCUCAGAUCACUUCCAAAGGAGUGGUCAGUAACGUCAGCGAGCUGCUCGGUCUGGACUCCUUUCAGUUGUCAGAGGUGUUGACCCAGCGCUCCAUGAUCCUCAGAGGAGAGGAGAUCUGCUCCCCGCUCACUGUGGAGCAGGCGGUGGACUCGCGGGACUCGGUCGCUAUGGCGCUUUAUUCUCAGUGUUUCUCUUGGAUCAUAAUGAGGAUCAACCAGAAGAUCAAAGGCAAAGACAACUUCAAGUCCAUCGGCAUCCUGGACAUCUUCGGCUUCGAGAACUUUGAGGUGAAUCGAUUUGAACAAUUUAAUAUCAACUAUGCCAACGAGAAACUCCAGGAGUAUUUCAACAAGCACAUCUUCUCGCUGGAGCAGCUAGAGUACAACAGGGAGGGGAUCCAGUGGGAAGCCAUAGACUGGAUGGAUAACGCCGAGUGUCUGGAUCUCAUAGAAAAGAAACUGGGCAUGUUGGCUCUCAUCAAUGAGGAGAGUCGCUUCCCCAAAGGCACCGACUACACCCUUCUAGAGAAACUGCACAGUCGACACGCAACAAACCCAUACUAUGUGAAGCCCAGAGUCACUGACCACCAGUUUGGCAUCAAGCACUACGCUGGAGAGGUGCUUUACGAUGUGCGUGGAAUCCUCGAGAAGAACAGAGACACCUUCAGAGACGACAUCUUGUUUAUUCUCAAAGACAGCAGGCUCGACUUCAUCUACGACCUCUUCGAGCGUGUCGGCAGCAGAAACGGAGACGAAACCCUAAAGAUGGGAACGGCCCGACGCAAACCCACUGUCAGCUCUCAGUUCAGGGACUCUCUCCACUCCCUGAUGGCCACACUAAGUGCCUCCAAUCCUUUUUUUGUACGCUGCAUCAAACCAAACAUGGACAAGAAAGCCAACCAGUUUGAUCCUGAUGUCGUCCUGAACCAGCUGAGAUACUCUGGGAUGCUGGAAACUGUGAAAAUUCGCAGGGCUGGAUUCCCUGUUCGCAGAACCUUUAAAGACUUCUUCAGCAGGUACAAGAUGAGCCUGAAAAACAAAAUCCACUCAGAUGACGAGAAGCAGAGUUGCUCAGAGCUUCUCUUGCUUCAUGACAAAACUAAGAAAGAGUGGCAGCUGGGGAAAACAAAGGUGUUCUUGAAGGAGGCCCUGGAGCAAAGGCUGGAGAAGGAGAGGGAAGAGGUGCGGCGCAGGGCUGGCAUGGUGAUCCGCGCCCACAUCCUCAGCUAUGUGGCAAGGAAACAAUACAAGAAGGUUCUGUCCAGCGUCGUCACCAUCCAGAAGAACUACCGCGCUCACUUUUGGAGACGUGUCUUCCUGCGCCUGCGCUUCGCCACCGUCGUCCUGCAGAAACAUCACAGAGGCCAGCUGGCCCGAUCCCUCCAUCGCCAGCUCAAGGAGGAAAAGCAGAAGCGAGAGGAGGAGGAGAGAAGGAGGAGAGAAGAGGAGGAGGAGAGGAGGCGAGUAGAAGAGGAGAGGAAGAGGAUGGAGGAGGAGGAAGAGAGGAGGAAGAAGGAGGAGGAGAGGAAGAGGCUAAUGGAUGAGGAGCUGAAGAGGAGGGCGGAGGAGGAGGAGUCGAUGAGGAAGGAGGAGAGAUUGAUUCAGGAGAAAGAGGGAGAGCAGAACUUCGCAGCGAAAGGGGGCAAAACAAGGAACUCGCUGGUGAAUGGUGCUUGUCAAAAGAAGGAGCUGACUCAGACUCUGCCGUACAGCCACACCUCUGAGGAGGAGAGCCGGCAGAUGGAGGAGAUCCUGAGGCUGGAGAGGGAGAUCGAACGUCUGCAGAAGCAGCAGGAAGACGGCGUUUCCCUUCUUGGAGACGUCUCCCACGAGGAGCUGCGUCAGAUGAGGGAUGCUGAGAUCUACAGACUGGAGAAGGAGGCUUCACGUGUAGCCACAGAGUUCCUGGAUCUGCUGGACUUCGGUGGUUUAGAGCCAUCCCUGUCCAGUGAGGAGAACCUCCAUGACCCCACUGAGUCUACUGCCCCUCUGGCCGAGGAGGAGGUAGACGAGGGAUUCCACGCUGAGGACGAAUGCAUUCCUCUGCCUGACUUCCCUCCUCCGGCUGUGGUUCCUCUCGAUAAGGAAGUAUUCCAAAGUAUCCCCCCACCGCCACCUGCCUUCGCAGAAGGAUUAGUGGUCUCCCCCUCUUCAGCCUCUUCUCCUGCGCUGGGAAAACUCACCCCAGUUACCCCCAACGGACUGAGUCAUGCCCCUAUCCUCACAGACUCCCAAAACCCCCUUCUUCCUUCUGCGUUAGUCACUAAUGGAGAAAAGCGCCCAUGUCAGAGGGCCAGUAGGGGAUCAGACUUUGAGCCUGUGAGUGAAGAGCCAUCCCACGCAAAUGUGCCAGACACAGAGUCAGACUAUGACCAGGAAGAGUUUGAAGAGGCUCAUGGGAGUUCAGGCGCUAGCACUAACGAUGGCCAUAUCACAGAUGAGGAGGUUUUGCGAAAAUCCUCCUGCACCCAAAACAGCCUGGACUCCUUCAGAGGCAGCUCAGACUCGUUCAUUGACAGUGACGAGGACGUCGACGGCUAUGUGGACACAGAUGAGGAGGUUUCCAAUGGGAGAGUGAAUCUGCUGAACGGCAGCGGGCCUCCUUACUUCCACGGUUAUCUUUACAUGAAGAGUGGUCUGAUGAUCCCGUGGCGUCGUCGCUGGUGCGUGCUCAAAGACGAGACCUUCAUGUGGUUCCGGGCGAAGCAGGACUCCCUCAAGUCCGGCUGGCUUUACAAGAAAGGAGGAGGAAUGUCCACUUUGUCUCGGCGCAACUGGAAGAUGCGCUGGUUUGUGCUGCGCGAGUCAAAACUCAUGUACUUUGAGAAUGACAGCGAAGAGAAGCUGAAAGGAACCAUCGACAUUCGCACAGCCAAGGAGAUCGUGGACAAUCACGAGAAGGAAAACGCACUGAACAUCGUGACCGAGGAGAGGACCUACCACAUCUAUGCAGAGUCCCCUGAAGAUGCCAGUGGUUGGUUCAAUGUGCUGAGUCGGGUCCACAGCGCCAGCCCGGAGCAGCUCAUGGAGAUGCACCACGAACAGGCCAACCCAAAGAAUGCAGUGGGCACACUAGACGUGGGCUUGAUUGAUUCUGUUUGUGCCUCAGACAACCCCGACAGACCAAACUCAUUUGUGAUCAUCACGGCUAACCGAGUGAUCCACUGCAACACAGACACACCUGAGGAGAUGCACCACUGGAUCGGCCUGCUGCAGAAAUCUAAAGGAGACACCAGAGUUGAUGGACAGGAGUUCCUAGUCAGAGGCUGGCUUCAUAAAGAGAUGAAAUCAGGAGCCAAAAGCACUUCUCUGAAGCUGAAGAAACGCUGGUUUGUUCUCACCAGUAACUCCCUGGACUACUACAAGUCAUCAGAGCGCAGCGCCUCUAAACUGGGAACACUGGUCCUCAACAGCCUCUGCUCUGUGGUGCAGCCUGACGAGAAAGUCUUCAAGGACACUGGUUACUGGAACAUAAUCGUCCAUGGGCGGAAACACUCUUAUCGGCUUUACACCAAAAUGCUGAAUGAAGCCAUGCGGUGGGCGAAUGCCAUACAGGGAGCAAUAGACAGCAAAGUUCCCAUUGAAACGCCAACACAGCAACUGAUCAGGGACAUCAAGGAGAGCAGUUUGAAUGUGGAGGCUGUGGAGCAGACGUACUGGAGGAACCCCAUCCUGAGAUAUACCCAGCAUCCUUUGCACUCCCCUCUUCUACCUCUGCCUUAUGGAGACGUCAGCAUCCACCUGCAAAAGGAGAAGGGUUAUACCAGCCUGCAGGACGAGGCGGUGAAGAUAUUCAACUCGCUGCAGGAGAUGGAGGCUGUGUCGGACCCGGUGCCAAUCAUCCAGGGAAUCCUGCAGACCUGUCAAGACUUGAGGCCAUUAAGAGAUGAGGUUUACUGUCAGCUGAUCAAACAAACCAAUCACGUCCCGCACCCCAACAGUCCUGCCAAUCGCGCUCACUGGCAUCUCUUGACCUGCAUGAGCUGCACCUUCCUGCCCAGCCGAGGCAUCUUACGCUACCUCAAGUUUCACCUGAAAAGGAUUAAGGAGCUGUUCCCUGGCACAGAAAUUGAAAUGUUUGCCCAUUUCAUUGGCGAGUCUCUGAAGAAGACCAAGACCAGGGAGUUUGUCCCUUCCCAGGAGGAAAUCAUGGCACUGCUCACCCGACAAGAAAUGACCACCACAGUCUACUGCCAUGGAGGAGGCUCCUGCAAGAUCUCUAUUAACUCACACACCACUGCUGGAGAGGUGGUUGAGAAGCUAAUCAGAGGUCUGGCUAUGGAGGACAGCAGGAACAUGUUUGCGCUCUUUGAGCACAACAACACCAUUGACAAAGCAGUGGAGAGCAGGGUUCUUGUGGCUGAUGUUUUGGCUAAAUUUGAAAGACUGGCUGGCAGUGAGGAAGCUCAGGAUGAAGGCCAAUGGAAACUAUAUUUUAAACUCUACUGUUUCUUGGAUGUGGAAAGUAUGCCGAAGGAAGGAGUGGAGUUUGCUUUCAUGUUUGAGCAGGCCCAUGAGAGUUUGACGCGAGGCCACUUUCCUGCCCGUGAAGAGACUCUGCAGCACCUCGCCGCUCUGCGCCUGCAGUUCCUAUACGGAGACAAAACACGGGUCACGUGGAGUCUGGAAAACGUCUACCCCGUGGGCCGCCUGCGCAAUCGCAUCCUGCAGUUUACCAAGGUGGGCGGAGCCUCGGGGUCAGGUCAAACCCUUGAGCGUCGGAGGACCAGCUUCCUGGACGGUACGCUGCGUCGGGGCCUGAAGACGGGAUCAAUGAAGAAGCAGCGCAUGGAGGAGGAGCAGAUGCUGGAGAUGUGGAUAAAGGAGGAGAUGUCUGCCACCAGGGCCAGCAUCGUGGAGAAGUGGUCCCGCCUCCAAGGUCUGGACCAACACCAGGCCAUGCUCAAAUACAUGACCAUCAUCAAAGAGUGGCCUGGGUAUGGAUCCACACUGUUUGAUGUUGAGUGCAAAGAAGGAGGCUUCCCUCAUGAUCUCUGGUUGAGUGUGAGUGCUGAGAAUGUGUCUGUCUACAAACGAGGAGAGCCGAAGCCUCUGGAGACCUUCCCAUACGAGCACAUCAUCUUCUUCGGUGCUCCACAGCCUUGUACAUAUAAGAUCACUGUGGAUGAGAGAGAAAUGUUCUUUGACACACCACAGGUUGGAGAGAUCACAAAGAUCAUGAAAGCCUACAUAAACAUGAUCGUGAAGAAGCGCUGCAGUGUGAAGUCUGUGUCCAGUUACGGAACCAACUGGAUCAGGUGAUUUAUCGGACAGGACACAGUGUGUGCUUCCCAACCAUCUGCCCCAUAGCGAGCAUGGAGAGAAGAUGCAGAGAUGAGAAGAGGAACAAAUGACUUCAAAAGAGAUUGGAGGUUUUCACUCACUAUGGAACAAUCUCCAUCCAGAAAGAUCCCUUUUUACAGAGACACAACACUGUUUAUUCUUAACUGCUUAUCGCAAAUGUGGGAACAGUCAAGCAUCUGCAUCUUUACAGCUGUCCCGAAUGUUGCUUCCCUCCAUGCAGUCUGCAAACAUGUUACUUGCUCUUAUUUACACUGGUCAUUUCUCACGUUACUUGAAAAGUAAUGCAGGUAUCAUUUCAUGGAUUUUGUUAUUGUUGUCUUUGGAAAGUUAACUGAGCUUCAGGCUCUUUUCCCCUCAAAUCUCGGUCUGUUUCAUUUCUAAAAACCUGAAUUUCUUUGAAACUGAAAUCUCAGACAAGUUGUACACCUGUGUGCAAAUGCACACUGAGUUGGCACCUUUAUUUAGGCUGUUUUUCAAUGGAAUAUCGCAGCCCGUUAUAAUGAAUGUUCUCCUGAAUGGAGAUCCCCUCAGGUUAUUGCAUAAAAUACCUGUCAUCCUCCCAUAGAGAUUAGCGCCCUCAUCUUGCCUUAUUUAAAUAUUAUAGCUAUAUCGGAGUGGAGAUGUGGCCUUGCAGGAGCAGAAUAUGAAUUGGCAAUAGGUAGCUUCCAUUGGAGAUUGUGCCACAAAAGCACAUAUCUAACUUUGGAAAAAGAAGCAAAUGAGCCUUUAAAAAGUGAAAAAAAUGGAGUAAACAAAGAAAUUCAAUGUGUAAAACCAUUGCACCACAGGAGGUGAAAGGGUAUAAACACGGCAGUCAAGGAUUGUCUGAAAAGGCACUGAUUAAUUAAUUGGUUCAUUAAGACUACCAGUCAAAACAUUUGUGCUUCUGUCCUAGAACGAGUACUCUGUGUUGAUUUAAUGUGUGAGCUAAGUGUAAGUCUUUGAAACCGCCCAAAAGUUCAAGGAUGUGUUUUAAAAAGCGAGCUUGAAAACGCCUUUUCAGUGCGUUUGUGAGUAAAGAGUGUGUCUUUUUUUAGUGAUGUCAGCAGUCAUGCGAGGGCAGGGUAUUUAUUUAUUGAAGUAUCAAAAAAUUGGGAGAAUAAGCUCAGAGGAGUGCUCGAAAUGCAUCCGUGCAGCUUGCUAGUAUUUCUGUUAUUUGUGCAUUCAGGGACACAAAAGACUGAUAAAGAGAUGAGCUGUUGAAAAGUUGCUGUUGGGUUGUCUCUGAGCUUUCAUCACUGUUAAAAUAGCUAAAGUUUGUUGCCCUCAGCUCCCCAGCUUGUUCAGUUCCUGUUUUUGUCCCACUAUCUGGAGGAUUUUGUAAAUGAACCCAAAACAAUCCCACCUACAAUAUAUUUCAUGAUAGUAGUAUGAUCUCAGCAUAAUGAGCUUAGUAUUUACCUCACAUUACAUCACUGUCUUCCACUGCUCUCCAAUCAUACUCACCUGGGUGCUCUGGUCAGCUGCCGGCGGCCAAACCAGAGACUGAUCUUGCCAUUAUUGAUGAUGACUGUAUUUCUGAGAUUUCUGAUUGUUUUGAAGAAGAAAAAUCAGAAAAUGUUUUAUAUCAGAAUUUAAAGAUGCUUUAAUAAAUUAUUGUAUUUCAAAA